AUGCCACGUAAGCUACGUAAGAAUAUACGUAAGAGGAAGAGAGCAUUGAAACAUCCAAUAGUAAGACUGACACCACAACAACAGUUGCAACAACAAAUGCUGAAUGACCCCACUAUGUUGCAACAAAUGCCAAGCAAUCCUAUGCUUUUAAACCGAGUUGUUGGUGCACAGAGUGGAGGUUUAAGAGCGGCACUUUUAGCGAAAAUGGCAGGCUAUGGUGGAGCUGCAGACAGAACAGCCUAUAACCCUCAAAGUCAAAUGAAUUUGAGUUCACUCAAAAAUCAAAUAGCAGAUGUCAAAAAGUCAAACAUAGACAUACAGAAGCAAAUAGGUGAAAACGAAAAGAAACUAGAAUAUGACAGACACACAAAGAAACUCAAUGAGUUAAACGUAGAGAAAAAGAAGAAAGAAGAACAACUGAAAGAACUAAGUACAGAGCAAUAUGCGAAAAAAGUGUCAGAAAAAGCAGCAGAAGUAGCAAAAAUGGAACAAGAUGUCAUAAAUUUGAAAAACCAUACUACUCAAUAUAAAGUACUGAAAGAUGAAGAGAUAAAACAAAAAGCCCUGAAGACAUAUAUGGAUAGCGAUGAGUAUAAAAAGGAAGUUGAAGCAAAUGUAAAGGCAGAAAAACUUUUACAGUUGCAAAACCAAACCGUACAGUAUGAAAACUUAGCACAAGAAAGUAAAAAUAACGACGCAGCCAUGCAAAAGGCAAUGAAAAGCGCAGAAUAUAUAAAAGCUAACAAUGACUGGUUAGAUGCCCAAGCCAACGCUAAAGCAGCCCAGCUUAUAGGGUCAAUAAGGACAAAAAUACAAGCGGAUGAAGACAGUUCAAAUGAAGCUUUAACAAAUGCUGACUUUAAGAACGCCUUCGAAGCUCUUCAUAGUAAGGUGAAACAAGUGAACGAUUUCUCAUCUGGAAAGAAACUGAAGUCUGAAG